UGCCUGCCAGGCCUGCGAAUCUCACAAUAUCAGCGCCUGCAUCACGGCACAACAAACUCAUUACACAGGCCCCCGUGCUCGCAUGGUGUAACUCGGACGAGCUCUCGCCGCUCAUGAUCGUCUCUGGUCGCACAUUACAUGCACCUUCCGAUACGGCGGCCUCCAAAGGAAUAAACAGCAGCUAGCUGUGCAGUGGGGGAGGACUGGGCGGCUUCUCGCACGGCAAUGUCUUGUUGGGGGGGCGGAUGAGCGCAGCCCUGAGGCACCACGAUGUGUGUAUUACUGCUAUCACCGACCACUGCAGUCAAUCCUCCAUCAAUCAUUUGAAAAUGGGGCUUGCCAGCAGAUUGCCAGCAGCUUGCACUCCGUCCCCAAAAGCCAGCCAGCCAUCCACACUAUCUAUCUCGUGCUAGGAGAGGGCCUUAUUUUAGCCGCGUCCCCUUCUCAGCUCGUCUGGGAGUCGAGCCGUUCAACUUCCCUGAUCAGCACGUCUUGGCGUUGUCAUCAUCCCCAAAUUGCGCCCAACCUCCCUCGCACCAGAAACGGGAUCGCGUCAAAACCGCACGGCUGUGCUUGCCGUCGUCUGCCAGUCUGCCCGCCUCUUUUUCCACGCGAGAGCAAAUCAGAACACUUCAGAGUCCAUUGGCUACUGCACCCAGUGGCGUGACUCUGCAUGUCAUCACCCGUACCCACCGCAGUCCCGAGUCCAAGAUUGUCUUGUGUUGAUCCUGUUCUGGGCGGUUAUGUGUGCCUCGUGCUGAACCGUCUUUUCCGUUCCCUACGACCCAUUACCCGGGCCUCAUCUUGAAUCCCUCCGUCUAAGAAUAACAUUGGGGGCCUUUCAACAUCCAGCCAACACAAUUGUAACUGUGGCACAAAAAACAACAACGACGACAACAACAACCUUUAGCGCCCGUGCCCAGUCCCUUAUCAAGCUUCCACUCAACUGACCUUGCCUUACCCCGUCGUGUGGCUGGGACAAACAGGACAGCAUCUGCGACUGCGACUGCGACUGCGACUGCGACAACUUUUGUCAGCCCCAAUCCGUCCCAAGGAAGACACACAGUAUGUCUUCUCACCCUGCGCACGAUCAUGGCGUCGACCAGGACGACCAACAACUCGACCCACGAAACCCCUACGCGUCCAGCACCAGAUGGCGCCAUGAGGAAUCGAGCCAAUUUCGCAAACAUGCGGGUCAAGCGCUUCAGCCAAGGGCCCCCGAUGGAAAGAGCGGGACCCAUGAUCUUGCACGCUUUCUGCACUCUACCAGGGUCCCCUCUGACGAUGCCACAAAAGACGGCGACAGCCCACCCGCCGGCCCUGCCGUCCCGGGCAAGACACACACACCCAUCAUGAUCGACGGAAACGAGGCUGCAGCUGCCGGCGAGCCCCAGAACGCCAUCGACGCCGAUGUCGCCAACGCCGUGCCUCAGGAUGGGAAAACCAUUGCAUGCGGGCCCCUGCUGAACUACAGGCGCACCGAGGGGAAUACUUGGGUUGGUAGCGUCCUGGUAGUCACCAAGGGCGGCGGCAAGACCCAGGGGUUCGUCCCAACCCUCGUGCUGCGGAGAGCCGGACCUGUUCAGAGGUCGCAAGGUGCCCUUCCUGGCUCUGCGACCAACGGGGAGACCAAUGGACACGUGAACGGUGCAGGGUCGACCGAGACCCAGGGAUUCUGUCUAUACUCCGACAUCCGCAACACCUUCUGGCGUUUCGACCUCCACGCCGAGAUGGAGGCCACCGAGGUCAGGUGGGAAUACACCGUCCCUGGCCUGCGCUUCGCCAGCAAGACGAAGCCUCAGACGAACUACUUCUUCGUACCUGCCAUCACCGAGUCCAUGCGCAUCAUGUUCCACUCUUGCAACGGCUUCUCCGUCGGAACCGACGAGGACGCCUGGAGCGGCCCUGCACUGUGGAAUGAUGUCAACAGGCGCCAUGCUGAAGCGCCCUUCCACGUAAUGAUUGGUGGUGGCGAUCAGAUCUACAACGACGGAAUCAGAGUCAACGGCCCUCUUCGACCUUGGACGGAUAUCGGUAAUCCCAAGAAGCGUCGCGAGUUUCCAUUCCCCGAGCAACUGCGAAGCGAUUGCGACGAUUAUUAUCUCAACAACUACAUCCGUUGGUAUAGCACGGAGCCAUUUGCUACCGCAAAUGGUCAAAUUCCGCAAGUCAAUAUUUGGGAUGACCAUGAUAUAAUUGACGGGUUUGGAUCCUACGUCAACGAGUUCAUGAAGUGUGAUGUCUUCCGCGGCAUCGGAGGUUGUGCCCACAAGUACUACAUGCUAUUCCAGCACCACCUGCCACCGCCGCCAUCUACCUACACCUCGGACGCUCCGCAGACAGUGACCGUGCCCGGAGAUGGCCAGGCCACCGGUAUCGACAGGGACCAGCUUGUUAACACAUACGUCGCCGAGCCUAUCCGCGAGUCCAGCUAUAUCGUCGGGCCCAAGCCCGGGCCGUACGUGGCUGAGCACUCUCACAAUAUCUUUGCCAAGUUGGGCGCAAGAAUUGCACUGGUGGGCAUUGACGCGCGUACUGAGCGCACACGGCAUCAGGUCAACUAUCCGGAGACAUACGACUUGAUCUUUGGGCGGCUGAGCGAAGAGCUGCAGGCCGCGCGAGCCGCGGGCACGCCUUUCAAGCACCUAAUCCUGCUGUUAGGAAUUCCAAUUGCGUACCCUCGACUCACCUGGCUUGAGAACGUCUUCAGUAGCCCUAUUAUGGGCCCUAUCAAAUUCGCCAAUCGGAGAUUUGGGCUUGGUGGUGGUCUCUUCAACCACUUCGACGGAUCCGUAGAUCUUCUGGAUGACUUGGAUGAUCACUACACCGCUCGAACUCACAAGAAGGAGCGUAACACCAUGAUCGAGCGAUUUCAGCAGAUAUGCAAGCAAUUCUCCGUGCGCGUGACGAUUCUCGGCGGAGAUGUUCACCUGGCAGCUCUCGGCCGCUUCUACUCCAAUCCCUCGCUCAAUAUCCCUUGCGAGAACGACCACCGCUACAUGGCAAACGUGGUCUCGUCUGCGAUUGUGAACAAGCCCCCACCGCAGGCUGUCGCAAACCUGCUCGCGCGCCGCAACAAGAUCCACCACCUCGACCACGAGACAGACGAGACGCUCCUGAAGCUUUUCGACAAGGACCCAGGCGACUCCAACAAGACCGCCAACCACAACCAAGUGACGAUGCCGAGCCGCAACUUCGCCAUGCUCACCGAGAACUCGCCCAAUAACCCGCCCAGGCAGCGGCCCACGACAGCCGCCAACGGAGCGGCGGAGUCGACCAACGGCCAGGAGGCCGCAUCCACCGUGAGCGGGCGCAUCUCGGUCAAGUCCAAGGACGGCCACCUUCCCAUCCACCCUGGUGAGGUCGACUGCGGCACGAAGCACAGAGCUGCGUCCGCGCAGGAUCACGGCAAGGAGAAUGACGGCAGUCUGGACAUCUGCAUCCGCGUGGAGAUCAACCAGCAUGAUCGCGAGGGCAGGACUGAGUCCUAUGGGUUGACGGUGCCUACCUUGACUGUAGCGGCCUGAGCCUAAUUCGCGGGAUCCCAGUGUGCGCUGAUUUCGACAUUAAUUCUCCGUGGUUUCAUUUUGUUUUCCGCAUUGUUUCAUUGUGUAGCAAAUACCCUUUGUAUACCUAGAUACCACCUUCUACACUUAAAGUCUCGCAAUUGGGUUUGUCAUACCAAUAUAAUAAAUGUUCCAGACGCACAUUUGAACAAGAGAUUUUGUGGCAGGGAAGUCCGCUGGAAGUUGAUUAGUUGAAGUCAGCGGUUUCAUUCCGAAUCCAUAGACAUCUCAAACACAUACAGUCCUUUCACGCUAUGGCAAACUUUAAAGACCCA